AUGGCUGUCCCAGUCUUUUGCAACGUCUGCUUCUGUGAGCCCCGCAAACCCACCCCGCGAUUCAGCCUCACAAGCUGCGGACAUGUUAUCUGUGAGGUUUGCCUACAGAAAGGCAAAAAAGAUGAAUGUUUGAUCUGCAGAACUCCUUGUCGUACAUUAUUCCUUUCAAAACAGACAAAUCCUGAUAUUCAAUCGCUGUUCAUGGGAAUAGAUACGUUAUGCAAGAAAUAUUCAAAAGAAAUAACACAGAUUUCAGAAUUUCAAGAAAAACAUCGUAAACAUUUAUUAGCAUACCACCGACAAAAGACGGUAAAGUUGGAAGAAUCUCUCAAGAAAGUAACCCAACAAAUGCACCAGCUACAAGGUAUGAAACCACCUGAACAAACUACACAAUUACCAUUUUCCAGUACAAGUAGAAAUCCCCUUUCAAUUCCUUCAAGAAAACAGAAUGGUUACUCUUCGUGUUCUCUUCAUCGUAGUCAUCCUUCCACUUCUGAAAUAAUGGAGUCAAUGGAGAUUGAUCUUGUACCUUCACCAAUGAGGAAACCUGAAACACUGACUGGUCCAACAAGAUUAUCAUUAAUAACUCCACCACGAGAUGGACGUAUGGGUAGUGUGUCCUACAGAAGUUCUCAGUCAUCUGGAAUAAUGUCAGGUCAAAAUAGUAGAGCAGGAUCUACGAGAUCCACACCUAUAAUGCUACCACAUAGUGGAUCAUCAUCUGGAUCACAAAGUAGUAGAAGGGGGUCAUUGGCUACUUCUGAUUUCAGAACCCCUCAGCUGUAUCCUUUUACAUCACCAUCCCCACAGUUGUCUGUAACAAGGCAUCCCAUCACCAUCUCUGGACUUCUGCAAAGACAGCAUUUAGGAUCAACUAAUUUUGGAGGACAUUCAACAGAAAGAUAA